GACUGUUCAAGAUGCUACUUACCAUUCUCAGCUUGAUUGUGCUUCUUCUAACCUUUGCGUCAUUUACUCCCCAGAUCCAACAUGUCUGGCGGCGGAGAGAUGCCAAAGGAAUCUCAUCAUCCUACAUCCUAUUAAAUCUGAUUUGCGCCACAGAACAUGUCUUUUUCGGCUUCUUUUAUAUAGUGAAUAUGCGCGAGUGGUCAGGGUUCUGGACCCAUCACCCUAUAAACAUCCUGGAUUGGGUCAAUUUUGUCCAGUUAACGGGCGUCUGGGCAUUUUUCAAUGUCUUAUUCUUUCUAUCUCUCUACUUCAAACCCACCAGCCGCCUCCAAAAGGCACUGCUUAUAGCUAUCUACAUCUUCUUCCUCAUCAUCUCCCUCGUCCCACUGGUCAUAGACGCCACAAUAGACAUCUUCUGCCCCCAGAAAAGCCAAACUGCCCCGAUUAUCGUCAUGCUUUUGGUUCUGGGCUUGUAUAAACAGGCUCGAGCAUCCACAUUUAACCUCAGUCUGCCCGGGCUUAAACUGCAAGCAGUAGUCUUCAUGCUCUCAGCUGCUUCCUGGGUCCUGAGACUUGCUUUUCCAUGGAAGGCGUACCUGGAACAGCCGCAGGGACAUGUGCCUAUUUAUUUAGUGAUUCCUGCUUGGUGGCAGAUCAUUGGGUUUGUGGCUGUUGACGAUGCCAUCUUUGCUCUUGGGCAGGGCGUUUUGCUGUGGUUGGCUUUGAGGCGUGGAAAGCGUCUUGCGGCUUCUCAUCCGGAGAGCCGGCCAUUGCUGGGGGAGUGA